GGCACGACCCCGGGCCCGCCCGCGCGGCCCAGCGCCCCGAGCGCUGUCUGGGACCCCCGCAGGCUCCGCGGCGCCCCGCCCGCCGCCCAGGGCCAGGCACCCGCUCCGCCGGGUUCCCCCGGAAUCCCGCAAGUAGACGCCCGAAGCGUACUUUCUUUCCCCCCUCCUGCUCUCCCUUUCUUUCCCUCUCUUCGGUGAGAUGCUUCGCGACCUCAAAAUCCCACCGAAAUUCCGCAGCAGCUCCAGCCCUUGCACAGGGAGCCAGGGAACGGCUUGGGUUUUGGCAGGAGGCCGCCCUGGGAUGCCAGCGCUGGGGGGAGGGCAGAGGGGGACCCGGUUAGGGCGGGGUGGCUGGAGACUGGGGACCCUCGGAGAAACUCUCACAGGUGAGGUGGGAGCAGGGAUUCUCCGGCUUCUGGAGGAGGGUGCUUCUUCUGCGGGUCCCAGUUGGGAGCUGAUGUAUUAAGCAUGUUAGAAGGGCUAGAAGUCCCCGUACUCAGGGCUAAGAGGAACCAUGAGAGGCCUAUAGAGGCAGGCGGCCUCUUCACUGAGUGUCCUGCCCACGAGGCCCCAUAAACUGGGCCUUUCAGGACCAGCACCCUGAGUGUUUUGCUGCCUGUGACUUUUCCCAGGAUGUCCUCCCAAAACCGGAGCUUUGGCGACUGAAGGGGGUGAGUGGGGUCGUUGGCUACUUAGCUCUGACUCUUAGGAUUCUUGAUCCCCAAUAUCUACCAAGGAGGAGCUCAGUUAUCAAGGUUGUGGUCCCAGAGUGGGAGGAUGGCAGAAAUGUGGGUUCCACCUAGGGCUGAUACUGCAGAUCUCUCCAGUCUUGGUAGUGGCAGGCACGUUCAGGUGGACUGCAGGUGGGCCUCCACGGCCCCUCUGCCUUCCCAGUAACGUUUGCCUGUAAGUUGUCGCAGCUGAGUAUCCUUUGCCCAGUGCGGUAAGUUGUCGCAGCUGAGUAUCCUUUGCCCAGUGCGGCAAGACUGGGUGGGUGUACCUCAUCUGCCAGAACUGAAUCUGGGGCUCCAGUGUCCUCCUGCUGAUAUCAGUGACCCCACUCCCAAGGCUCCUGGCCCCAUCACCAUUAGCCAUGAGGACCACUUGCCCAGCUUGGGGAGCCUUCAGUUGGUCUCACCCGGAAUCACGUGGCUCAGGCCACCUGGGCUUUGGGUGUGGUGCGGGAUUACAGGGUAGAUACCACAAUACCUGAUUUGGGGAAAAUGAGGUCUUUUCUCCAAUUUAGCUUUGAUGUUCAGCAAAAUCUGGGGAGUAAAGAAGAGGCUCCUCCCCUUGAGGGAGCUGUGAGCAGCCUUCUUGAAGGGGUAUACUCUGAGAGUACUGGCCUCUAGGAACUCCAGCACCAAGAGAGGCUGUACUUCUGAUCAGCAAGUCAUGGAGCCCCAGAAGGAAACUGGGGUUCUUAGGAGUCCAGCAGGAAGGAGCUGGGCCUGACACCCCCUUUCCCCUUCCAGCUGUGUUGGGAGAAUUACCAGCAGCUACUUUGGUCCUUGCCCAGCUGUAGCUAAGACAGCUGCUGAGCGGGGAGCUGCUUCUGCUGUGGUUUGGAGUGGGGCUCGCUGUGGGUCGAGGGGCUCUCGCAGAUGCCACCAGCCUUCCUGUCGCCUUGCACAUUACUGACCUCUGCCUAGAUUUCCUGACACUGGUGUUCAAGUCAUUGCAUCAAAAUCGGCACAAAGCCAAAACUUUUAACCCUGUCCCAGCGCGGGUGCCCACUCUCAGGCCAGCACUGCCUGUGAAGUCUACUUAUCCUCUCUCCUGUGGCUGCUGUGACCAUAACCAGAUGGCUCAAAGUGAGGGGAGUUUAUUGUCUUGCAGUUCGGGAGGCCAGCAGAGUGAAAUCCAGAUGUCAGCAGGGCUGGCUCCUUCUGGAGGCACUGAGGGAGAAUCUGUUCCAGGCUGCUGUCUCUCCUUGGUGUUCCUUGGGGUACAGAUGCGACCCUUCCUAUUCUGCACCCAUCUACACAUGGGUCUCUACAUUGUGUAUGUGUCUGGUCCAAACCUCUUUCUUUUAAGGACACUGGCCAUUGGGCCACCCCCUCCAUCCAGUAUGAUCUCAUCUCGACUUGAUUUCAUCAGUAAAGACCCUGUUUCCAAAUAAGGUUAGGUUAUAUUUACAGGGUCUGGCUGGACAUGAAUUGGGGGGAGGGGCACUAUUGAGUCCAGCACACCGAGGCUCCCCUGCCUUGUUCCCUGUCGCCCCUCUUAUGCUUCGAUGUCCCAGUGUAAGGAGCUGUGAUAAAGCCCCCCACUAUGUCCUGUGACUGCAGUGGCCGCUUUUUCACCAAUGCUCUCUUCUGCUUGUAGAGGUGCAGGUGAGUGUCUCAUUUGGUGCAGGUCCCCCUUCUCCUGAGAACAGAAUUGCUUGCAGGGAGGGAGGAGCAUCUACAAAGAUUACUCUGGCCUGGGUCCCCAAGAAGUUACACAGUGGGCUCAGAUCUUGGCUUUUGUAGUUUUGAGAUCCCCUGAGAGACUCCGUAGCCAGGACUGAAGCAGGAGCAGGGGUGUGGAAGAGGCCGGCUUUUGCUGUGGUGUGCUGGCUCCACGUACCUUGUGGCUGGGUACAGCAUUGCUGACUGGCUUAGUGUCUGCAGGAAGCUCUUGGUCUAAGAAACAUAUUUCUUUGCCCAUGAAAGGCUUUCUGGGAGGUGUCCCUUAGCAGUGGUGGGCUUGGAACUAUGAUCAACAAAGAGAAUUCACUGUGAGAUUGUGAUCUGUAGGAUGGAGAGUGAGAAGCCUGCCCUGGCGUGCUCUUGGAAGAUCCUGGAUCCUUGUCCUUUCCAGGAAGGUCAAGGCAAGCAAGAGGUGUUACACAUCUUGGUAACAGCACUGCUCAGACGGGCUGCUGGCCCAACUCCCUCUUACCUAAUGGAAUCCUUUGCCACCUACCGCAAGCCUGUGCAGUGACAGUCAUCUGGCUGGAAACCAGCUCCAGGCUCGCCAUUCAGGCAGUACCAUGGGUGGAGCCUGAGUUACUAAGCCAGCUGAGCUACUUAGCAGAUCCAGGCUGCUUUGACUGGUUUUUGGAAUCGCGGAUAAAUCCAGGAGCUCCUGGACCCAGAGAAUAAAGUCUCUUCUGUGGCCUGCUUGGCAGUGCCCAGGGCCACAUUGCUCCUGUACUGUGCUAACCCAAUGGCUGUUCCCAUCUCUAGAAACCAUUCCCUGCCAACCUACUGGUGGGGUCCACCCCAGAUGGAAAUGUGCCCACAGUCAAGUCCUAGCAAGCCAUCUGCUAGGUCCCAUGGACCAAGCCCUACAAUGUCCCUCAGUCCCUUGGGGCCUGGUGGGCCCUGUGUGCCAGUGAUAAGGACCAGUCAGCACACUUAGUCACAGCUUUGUCUGCUCCGGCAUGUGUGAAAAGCAUGCCAGCAUCACCCUGGAGAAAGGAGCCAGGACUUCUGAAGGGGGGGCCGCCCUUUCCUGAUGCCGUUGGCAACUCCUGCAGGUGACUUCUUGUUCGGGGUCACGGAGUUUGUGCAUCCUGAUGUUCAUAUCUGCUUUAAGGAGCAGUUAUGGAGUAGUUGGCUCUGCCCCAGGGAACAAAAGGCAGAGGUGGGCAGGGCUAUCCCUGACCUGGGGAAGGGAAAACCAAAUGUUAGUGUGGGGUGCUUAGAGAUGGUUUAAAAGCGUGCAUCAGGGAGCGGACAUGUGCGGACCCUUGCUGUCCUCCAUCCAGCGUGGAGUGUAAAGGAAGUUACACUCAGUGUGCUUCAGGCAAGUGGUCAACACCAGGUAAACUCUUCAAUAAGUGAAAUUCAAAAGUGAGCCUAUAGCAUGAAAUGUGCUUGCCGGGAGAUAGGGGACACCUUGGUUUAGGAGGUGGUGUGUGCAGCCAGCCUGGUCUUUGCAGGGACCACUGAUGCCGGGCCUGGGGGAGGAACUGGUCUUGGGUUUGAAAACAAUCAAGAAAUGUGCUUUCAGGGUCCCUUCCAGAAGACUGGAUGGAUGGGGAAAACAGCAGGAGAAAGAAAAAAAAACAUAGGAGAAAACAGAGGGAAGAAGGAGUCUCUGUCACCCACUCAAUGAGUGUAUUCAUACACGAGUACAAACUCACAAACCAUGGGGCAAGUGGUCCUGUGGCCAGGAUGGUCCUCAAGAGGGAAGAGCAGAGCUGAGGAAUCUAAGCUAGAGACAGGCUCAGGAAUCUCCAGAGUGCAUCCUAUGGUCCUCAGCAGAAGGCCUGACUGCCUAGGUACAGGCAAGGGAGGACUGGGGACCAGAGCCCGGGCCCGCUGGCAAUGAACCCUGAGCUAGCUGGCCACACAGAGUCUGCCUUCCAUCCCCAGGGCUCCAAGUAAGCCACUGAGGGCACACAGGCAUUGGAAUGACAGUGAGCACCUCCAGGGGUUUUGGAAGAAGGUGGGCACCUACAUUCAGAGCCCCUGGACCUGGGUGUGGGCACUGGAAUUUUAAAACCUCACCAGGUACUUGUGUCUGCUGGUGUUUGCACAGAGCUGUGUGGUCUGCACCCAGGGCUGCCCAAGACGUGUUUGAUACCGAAAGAAGACACGCAGAGAGUUGCACUUAAAUAGAACUUUGAAUGAGUAUCUAGGUAUCGAGAGUACUUGGCCAAAUUCUUGUCUUUCUGCUAUGGAGGCCAUGGCAAUGGUGGCAAUGACAACAGAGGGGAAAACUGCAGAGUGCUAGCCUUGUACAUGAGGUUUGCCUACCAGUCCAUUAGAGGUGACCAAAUUAAGUUCUGUCCUUACAAAAAAAUGCAGCCAGUCACGUACAAUAAUGCUGCAGGUUCCUGUGCGUGACCUGUGAACAUGUCCAGGGUGUAUGGAUCUCAUUAUAAACUUUGCCAAACUUGUAGCGUGCAUUUUUAGAAAGGCACAGUGCCCAAAUGUCCACUGUGUCACAAGUAGCUACCCAACACCUAGAGCAAGAGGCCGUUACCCUAAAAUCUCAGGAAAUAGCUGGUCCCAGCCCUGCCGUGUCCACUUACGGGGAGCCACUGAUCUGGUCAGUUUUAUGUGGACAGUUUCCUGGUAUUUCUUCACAUAGUUUUACUGUCUCAAAAUUCCAGACUUAAAAAAAAAAAAAGCAUACACUUAUUUAAAUGCACACGUAGAAAAACAGUCCAGAAGGAUAUCCAUCAAAAUUCUAGGCUGUCUGCCAGGCAUUGGUGGUGCAUGCCUGUAAUUCCAGCACUGUGGGAGGCUGAGGCAGGAGGAUAGAAAGUUUGAGCCCAGCCUGAACAAGUUAGCGAGACCCUAUCUCAAACUUUUAAAAAAUUAUAAGAAAGGGCUAGGAAGUAAUAAUGCCCACCACUGGAAAAAAUUGAAAAAUCUGGACUGUGUGUAAAAUCAAGGGUCAUUUAAAAAAAUUUUUUUUUUACUUAACCCUAUUUCCUCACUUUCCUUUGAUUACAUGAAUGAGCUGUGUAAGUAUUUUAGGUGAAAGGCAUUUGGAAGGCUGUGGCUAUGGCUCAGUGCAAGGUCUCCAGUUUAGUUCUCAGCACACACUCCCAGCAAAAGGGAUUUGGGGGUAGGCAUGGUGGUGCACACCUAAAAUUCCAGCCGCUCCAGAGGCUGAGACAGGAGGAUGACAAGUUCAAGGCCAGAAAAACAGUAAAAUUGAUGAGAAAUAAAGUUAAAUGUAGCUCAGUGAUAGAGUGCUCGCCUCACGUGUACAAGGCCCUGGGUUCAAGUGUUGUACCAAAAAGAGUGCAUUUGAGAGGCAAAUAGAGAUUGGAGGAGGGGUUUUAAGAGAGAGGGUGAGGGGUUGACCUAGGAAGGGCACACACACACACUCACUCUAGGGUAGGGGCUGAACUGACUUUCCCUUGGGUGCUGAAGGCACAGAUAAAUCACCCUUGGAUGACCAUUGUCACUCUAGAGAGGAUUUUUAUUUCUCUAUCCUAGACUGUCUUUUGUCAGCUUUAUUGAGAUGUAAUUCACACAAUGUGGUUUUUACUCUGUCACAGACUAAAAUCCAUGUGGCCAUCACCAGGGUCCGACUUGCAGCACCCACGAAGGACGUGGGUUUGUCACAUGUGCUUCCUUGGGUGAACUCCGCCAUGUGUUCUCCCAGGGGUGCUGCAGGGGCUGGGCUGGGCACUUUGUGCUGUGUGCCUAACCAGCUACGUGUGCCUAGGUUCCAAAAAGGCCAUCAAUGGCCUGAAACUUCGCUAGCCUCUUUCAGAGAUUGGCAGACCACACCCGCAGCAGGGCGGUCACCUGUUGUAGUAAAUAAAGUCUGGUUGGAAGGCAGCCACCCCCGCUGGAAGCACAUCUUGCCUGGCUGCUUUUGCAACACAGCAAUGGGAGGAAAGUGUCAGAGUGGUUGCGUCACCCUCACAGCCAAAAUCGUUAACUAGCUAACCUUUCACAAAAACACUUCCUGAGCUCUGUGACCUGUGUCACAGAAGCUGGCUGGGUGUGACUGGGGUAGUUGUCACCUGGCUACCUGCCCUCUACUCUGUAGAAGGAAGCAGGUUAAUAAGAAGAAAUGAGAUGGAGGUUUCACUGUCCAAGCUGACCCUGAAGGUGCCAGGGACUCACCCAUCUGUCCUGGGCUCCUGAGCCUGAGUGAAUGUGGAUUUCCAGGCAAAGACCUGGCUUUCUGUCUCAAAAUGAUCCGCAUGGAAAGCGCUCCCAAGGCCUCAGGGACAUAGCUUCCAGGAUAACAUCUGGCUUGAGUUGAGGCUUUAUUUGCUGUCUGUGAUCUGUAGUCUGAGGAGCCUGGAUGGCCUUUCCUGGCACCUACUCAGCAAAGUAAGGGUGGGGGCCUGCUUUGCUAGGCCUCUCUGGUGACAGACUCUGGCCAGGACCCUCUCCAACAGCUGGUUUUUAACUAAGGAAACGGGGCAUUUUAGGGGAAAGAGACAAAGGGAUAAUUAUUGGGAGAAAUGACCUAGGUGAGACUGGUUCUGAGCCCCCACUCUGUGCCUCUGAGCCUCAGUUUCCUUUUCUACAAAAGGAGGGUUGCAUUUCUCAAGAGCUGUGCCACAGAGCAGAUUUUUGAUAAAUGAGCCCGAGUGUGAAAGUACUCCAGGUUCCCCACUGUUUUGGUGACCUUCAGAUGCUGAACCUGUUGCCUCCGUCCAGAAGCUCUUUAGGGAGAAGCACACGGGCCGGGGAGGAAAUGCACCGCCCUCUGCCCACUACAGAUGUUCUGUUUCCCCUGAGCCCAGCCUGAAUGCUGUUUGCCCCCAGGCUGGGUCCGCAGCCCCCUUUCCCUCCAAAGAUUUAGAGCUCAGAAAGGUUGAUGGGGUUCAGCUCAGGAACUCCAAGGAGGUCCCUAAAUAGCCACCAUGCCGUAUGCAGCACCCUGCCCAGAUGGCCUUGUGGCCCUGCUCAGGUCUCAUGACCUUGCCAAGGUCCCUUAACAUGGUGGGGGAUGGGAGAAGAAAGCCAGGACCACCCCUGGAGCCUUGAAGAAACAAUGAGACCUUCCUCUAUCUCCAGAGGCCCCACAGAGACCCUUAGGGAGGAGAGCAGGGCCCCCCAGUGCCAGGCAGUCCUUGUCAUUCAUCCCAUCCUGCAGGUGUAGUGAGGCCAUGGGCAGUGGGGUGCAGGUUGGUGGGAUCAACGAUGAGGUGCCUAGUGCCCCAUCAGGAAGAAGGGUGAAAGGUGGGGUCCUUCGGGGGUUAUUGUGCGCAGAAGGACAGUGUUGGCACUGGCUGGAGGGCUUUUGGAGCACCCGGGCUCCUUGCUUUUGGAGGGCAAAGGCUUAGUGGGCUUGCUCACACACAGCCCCGUCCUGGCUUCCUAUUUUCUAGGCGUGAGUGUGUUUUUCUCUGUAGCCUGCUUAGCAGUGAGUCUUCAGCGCUUAGAGGUUGCUGGAAGCAGAAGACCAGCCUAGCCCUUGCCGGGUGGAAGCCAAGUGCCUAGCACGGAGCUAGGAUGAGCAUCAGGUCUUGACUCUCAGCUCUGAGUCUUGUCCCCGCAGCCCUGUGGGCUCUAACAAGGACAAAGGGAUAAGUGGGAGGUUGCCUUGUGUUCUAUGUGACAGUUCUUGAAGGCAGAAAUAAAGACAGCCAGGCAUGCAGAUAAAUGUGUGGUUAUCAAAGGCCCUUCACAUCUCCGUCCUUACUUUGUCAAGGACUAUGAAAGAGAGAUGCCGGAGCCCUCUCCCGUUCGGAUGGGGGAGGCCCGUGAAGCCCAAGGUCACCAGUGCAGUGGCAGUGCCAGGAAUCCAAGGAGACUGAUGCUGGCUCGAGGCUGUGGAACAGGGUCGGGCUUCAGAGCUUCAAACCUGUGCUCUGUUCCCUUGGCCAGAGGCUGCUUGUCCCUGGAGAGGCUGGAGGGGCCCAUGCAUUCUCUUCUAAGGCGAGCAGUUAUAAGGCUCAGCUGGGUGUUUCGGCAGUAGCGGUAAAGGGCAUAGAAACCAGUUUUCCUUUUGAUUGGGGACCCCUGUAUCUAAGAAUGUUUCGGAGGUAAACACUUAAGGACACCUAUAAGCAUUGGGUAACAGUUAUUUAUUCCCAGCUCCCUUAGCUUAGGGAAAUGUUAGGUAUCAGCAGCAGGCAGUAACAAAGUAGAUCACAGUGUGUGUGCUCUGUGGGUAACAAAUGGUGUUGAUUUUUAGUUGAAAUGUAAAAUUCAGAUAUCUAAGAGGAAGCAGACUUCCUUUUGGCAAGAGUAUUAUUUUCUGAGAGGGAGAAAUAGAUCCAGGUCUGUCUCUAGGGCUGUAUUCACCAGGGUUCUUAGGAGAACAGAACCGGUAGGAUAUAGCAGGAGACGUACAAGAUGGGAUUUAGUAUGGAAAUUGGCUCACUCGCUUGUGGAGAUUGACAAGUCCCACAGUCUGCUGUCUGCAGGCUGAGGCUGGGGGGAGCUGCUGGUGUGACUCCGUCUGCAUCCAGUGUUCCUAGAACCGGAAGCUGUGAUGUCUGGGAACAGUAGAUGGACACUCCAGCUUCAGCAGGGAGAAGGUUCCUUUCUUCUGCCUUUGUCUGGGGUCUCAAAGAGUUAGGUGAAAGCUGUCCAUACUGGGGGAGGGAUGUACGUCAGGUGGUCUAGAUUUGAAUACGCAUCUGUUCCAGAGACACACGCCUAGGCACACCCAGGAAUUGUGUUGAUUAGCUCUCUGGGCACCCUGUACCCCAGUCAGGCUGACAAGAAAUUACUCACUUCAAGGGCUAAGAAGAGUGAUCAAAACUAGAUUAGAUGGACAGGGUGGGAUCCAGUGUCAGGAGCUCUGACCUUGAUAUGUACCUCUUAAUGUCCCUUCCCCAGCCUGGCAGCAUUGCAGUGCUUCUCAGGGGAGCAGAGGAGGUCAUGCUGCCACCAGGCUGGAGGAAGGGAAGGCAUCCUCUACCUGGCGGCUGUGAGGAUUUCCAUAUUGUGCAGCACACCCCUCCCCCCGACAGGACUUAGAAUGGGCAUCUUCAGAACGCCCUUGCUCAGCCUCCGGCAGUUAGAACCAGAUCUCUGUGGCUGGUCCUCUGACCUGUGUGCUCACCGUCUGGCUGGCUUGGCACUGGCCCUGACCUCACCCCUGCCAUGAUGUCAUAGCACAACAGCUCUGCUGUUCCCAUGGCAACAGGCUGCCAUAGUUAACCAGCUAGGGAGCUGCUGGGGGAGGUAAAGAGCUUCGAUCCCAGCCAGCCUAGCCCUGCAGGAAGUGCCUCCCUCACCUGGCCAACCUCUGCCUCCUUGUAAUGUGCUGUUGGUCUGUCCCUGCCACCUGGACACACGCACAGUUUGCCGUGGAAUGGUGGUGACACCUGUGGCUCCCCAGGCCCUGCGCCCCACAAAUCCUGCACUCUGGACUGAGCUCCUUUCUCUCAGAAGCUGUCUCCAGAAGAAAUGCAGCGAGAAACAGGGCAAGCUGCACCGCCCAGCCUCGCACCUGGUGACAGAGCCUUGGCUGUGGGGCAGAAGUCCUUGCUGCUGCAGGCUGGGCUCAGAGGAGACAUCGUUCCACAGAGAAGAUCUCACAAGCCGCAGCGGGGCCGCCAGCUGCAGCGCCUGCCCGAAGAGCUGCGGGCAGAGCAGCGGGAGGCCCGACCCCAGCAAAUCAGAGGCCUGCAGUGGCUGUAUCUAACCCAUCUGCUGGGUGGGGCUACAAGAUGGUUAGUGGAAAAUGAACCCUACUCUGAGGAGCGUGUCCUGCGAGGAGCAGCAAGAUCCCCCGGGGGCAGGCGGAAGCACAGAGAACCCCUUAGAGAAGAGAGGAGUCGUAGGGACGGGCCACCCAGACGACGAGCCUGGAACAACAGUACAUCCCUGAAGAAAGUGACAGGCUUACAGAGACGAGCAGCUCCCCAAGUGCAGUGUCCAGGUCCCACUGAGAAGACUAAAGGGAAGUGGGCUCCUUCAAGCCAGACCAGUGGUGGCCGCCAGCUUGUGGAGAGUCGAAUGGGCAGGAGAACUGACCUUGAAAAGCUGAAUCCAGUCUUGGCCUCUGCAGGGGAAGCCAAGUUGCUGGAGGAAAAAGAAGCCCGAGCCCAUGAGGGUAUGUGGCAGCUGGGAAAGAGGGGCCACUUUGCUCAAGGCCUGAGAAACAACACAGAGCGCAAACUGGAGGACCUAGGACAGCUGUGGCUGGUCAGCUCCACCCACAAACAGGGUGCCACGCCCUUGGCAUCUCCACACCAGUGUGGUGACAAGGGCCACUGGCAGAAAGAGCUCGAGUCUGCCGUGGAGGAGUUGUUUAACAUGAGCAGAAAGCUGAAGGAACACCUGACUCGGCACCUUGAAUCGAGGCCCUUGGCAGAUCAGAGCCCCACUGGAGAGCAGGUCUCAGAGAGGCAGGGACCAGGUAGUGACAUCCCUGGGGAGGAGAGGACAGGGCAAGCAGAAACUGUACCCACCACGGAAGUGGAGACCUCCCGGACAGCAUCCCAGUGCAGUUUGCUGCAGUUACCAAGCCAGGCUGAGGGUGCCAGAGACCAUCCUUUGGCCACGCCCAUGUCCAAGAAUGAAGGUCAGACAUUGCUUCCCGAGGACAGAGUAUCUGUUAGCGGAGAGGACUCGGUCCUGCAAAGCCCCAAACCCAGCCAUGAGCCACUUAGACCAGCCACUGUGGCAGAGGGCUCACCUCUACCUUACCUGCAGGAACAGCUGGACCUGGUGGGCUGGAGGGGUUCAAGGCUGGAGCAGCAAGCAAGGGUGGAGGGGAGAAGGCAGAAGGGGCUGCUGGAGCAGACGGAGCACCCAGACAUGAGCUUGGAAAUCCACUACAAGGCUGAGCUAGAGGAGGAGCGGCGGGAGCGGAGGAGGACCCGCCUGGCCCUUCUGAGGUCCUACCCCACAUGGGUCCCCACCAGGAAUCCAGACCCUGUCCCCAGAACACACUCCCCUCUGAGCAGCAGCGACAUCGAUGAGGUGAAACACGAUCAGAUGGUCCGUGACUUCCAACGGCGGAUCUCAGAGCAAACCAAGCUACACGAGCAGUUUCUAGAAAAAGCCAGGAAGCAUUUGCAGGAGCUGCAGAAAACAUGGUAAAGGCAAGAGCCCUGCCCACAAUAAACACAACUCUGACAAAACCUG